AGCGUGCCAAUAAGAAAGCGAAACGGAAGAAACCAAUGGAAAAAAGGAGAGAAUAGAAUAAAAAUUCCACCUCCCCGAAAGCCGAAACCCCCCUCGUCGAAUACAUCCCGUCGGCCGACGAGUGUCGCCGCCUUUGCCUCUUUCCUUUUCUCUCACUCUCCUUUCGUUUUCGCUGAACUGUAGCUUGCCGCAGGAAACCAAACAUCGCUGCCCUCCUCGCUGCAACUCUUGCUUCAACGCUGCCGGUGUCAAGACUCAAGAUAUUAGCUGUGAUCUGAUGAAGGCUGCUGAUGUCUGA